GCCAUCAUUGUCUAAUCAGGCUGUGAUUGGUUACAGGUUGUCCUCUACAACAUAUAAAUACACUCCACAGUCGCUUCUUCUCACUUCACAUGUCCCCAUUGAGGAAUGGGUAUUAUGGCUGCUAAAUGUUGCGCAGGUGGGCUCUUCCUGGUUUUGCUGUUCUGGGGUGUUCAUUGCUAUCCCUAUCAACAAGCCUACAAGACGGGCCCAGUCUACCGGAGACCGCCAACUCUGUAUGGUCCACCUGUCAAACCCAGCCAGAAUGACGCCUACGCACGCUACUACUUCCUUACGAAACAGCGUGAUCCCACUGGUUCUGGGUCAAGCCUCCCUGGUCCUGUUGAGUCUGGGCAUCCAAUUGAAGGUGGCUCCAGUCCAGGUGUUCAGAGUUUUGCUCUUCAGAAGACUGCUGCUUCCCCUCACCUCGUUCCUGAACAGACUAGAUGUGUUCCUGCUGGAACAACACACCCUAGUACUCUUCCACUACGUCCCCUGUGUGAGUCUCCACCAAUUAAGUUCCAGGCAGGGGAUAUCUCUCACUUUGAGAGUGUCUAUGAGCAUGGCAACAGUCAGAGUGAGUCUGAAGACCAACAGUUCCCUCUUCCUGAGGUUGAGGCAGGCUCCAUUCCAGCCCCACUGCCUGCUAUAAUAGCCCCACCCCUACCCAGAGUUCAUAGACCAGAGCCUAGCAAGGAAGGGCUUGAAGCUAAUUAUGGUGAGCUGUUCAUCGCUGGGAAGUUCCCUGCUGGCACCAUCACCCACUUCAGAACCAACUAUGCGCAUGGGAACGAACAAUGGAGUUCAGCUGGUUUCGUCAGGUACCGUCCUGCUCCCGUCCAAUACCGACCACUAUUUCCUCACGGUGCUAGCAGUGACCAGUAGGACUAGGUUCUCUAUGCUAGCCUGGAUCCUGCAGUCUCAUGGCUGCGCUGACUUCUAAUAAACUAAUUGAUAUAAAUA